GGCUACGAGGUGCAGAACAUCUUCACAAAGCUGACGUUCGCCUUCGAGGGUUACCCCUUCCGCUACUGCGGCGCGUCGCUGGCGCAGGCUGCUGCGUACAAGCUCAGCCAUACGGCUGAGUGCUACGAGGGGCAGAGCAUCUUCACGGGGCUGACGUUCGCCUACGAGGACUACCCUGCCUGCUGCGCGUCCCUGGCGCAGGUGCUGGGCAUCUCCACGGGGCUGCAGUUCGGCUACGAGAACAAACUCUUCUGCUACUGCAGCGCGUCCCUGGCGCAGGCGGCUGCGUCCCAGCUCAACUACACGGACUACCCCUUCUGCUACGGCAACGUGUCCCUGGCGCAGGCGGCGGCAUCCAAGCUCAACCACACGGCGGAAUGCUACGAGAUGCCAAACAUCUCCACGGGGCUUCCGUUCGCCUAUUACCUCUUCCGCUACUACAGCGCGUUCCUGGCGCAGAUCAUCUCCACGGGAUUGGUGAUCACUUGCAAGAGCUACCCCUUCCGCUACUGCAGCGUGUCCCUGGCGCAGGCGGCGGCUUCCGAGCUGAGCCACGCGGUUGAGUGCCACGAGGUGCUCGGCAUCUUCACGGGGUUGCCGUUCGCCUGCGAUGUCACGGGCUGCCUCGUCGCCUACCAUUACUGGCGUUCCACCUCGGCGGCGGGCUCCGAGCUCAGCCACACGGCGGAGUGCUACGAGAUGCCAGGCAUCUCCACGGGGCUCCCGUUCGCCUACGAAGGCAACCCCCUCCGCUUCUGCAGCGCGUCCCUGGCGCAGGCGGCCGCGUCCCAGCCCAGCUACUCGUCGGAGUGCUAG